AUGAUUUCAAGAAUUUCAAUCUCUUUUAUUGCUCUCGUCUUAAGCUUAUUUUUGGCUCAAAGUGGAGAUUCUACACCUGUUCCAAAUCAUCUUGACGCAAGAGCUUAUGGUCCGGGAGACACGACAGGUCGCGCUUCAAAAUCUUUGGAUGGCGAUUCUUCGAAGCCUGUAUAUCAAUAUGCAGACUCUGGAGGUCGCCCUGGCGCUAGAGCUUUGAAUGAUGAUUCGCUUGAGCCAAGAUUUGAAACAAUCAGUAACACGACAGCUCGUGGUGGCCAAAAUCCCGCUCCAACAGCCUCGGAUGGUAAUUCACCUGAACCAAGAGCUGAUGCUUUUGCUGACACAGGCUUUAAUCGUGGCUCUCCUCCCGCUCCAACAGCCUCGGAUGGUAGUUCACCUGAACCAAGAGCUGAUGCUUUUGCUGACACAGGCCUUAAUCGUGGCUCUCCUCCCGCUCCAACAGCCUCGGAUGGUAAUUCGCCUGAACCAAGAGCAUAUGUAGUUGGAGAACCUCCCAAAAAAAGAGAACCUACUUACAUUAGAGGAAACUCGCAAAUUGUUGGUCCUUAG